AUGCCCAGGCGCCGUCGCCCACCUCGGCGAGGCCGGGCAAGGCAGCAGUGGAGGCAGCGAGCACAGGGUGCUGCCGGUGCCGCGUUCCGAGGUGCCGUGGCGCUUCCCGUCGCCGCGGGGUCAAAGGCAGCCGGGGAGGAAACGGAAGAUACAUCGGGUAGUUGCUUUGAAGUUGUUACAAUGGAAAAGUCAGGUGCGGAGCAGCCAUCGGCAUCCUCAGAUAGAAGAGCAGUCGGAGAGGCCAAGAACGGGGACCCAGCAGAAAAGCCUCUGCAUGCAGAAGCUGCAGGCACUGUACAGUCAGAGGAGGGCUGCGAGCAGCAGUCUUCUCUGGAGCAGGCAGCUCUGAAGGAACAGGAGCCGUCGCCUUUAGCACAGUGGGAGUUACCCAGCGAAGGACUAGGCAAUCAAGAAACGGUCGGAAAUAACGAGCGAGCUGUAUUUGAGCCAGAUGCCCCAUUCAGCGCAUCAUCUGAGAGCACAACUCCUGUUACCAAUGAGAAUUAUUUUACUUUACUUGAAUUAAGAAAUUCAGAAAGGGAAGAACAAGCAUCUCAAAACUCAGUACUAUCAGAGCAUACGGCAAGUGGGACAGUAACAGGAAGCAUGAUUGAGGAUGAUGAAGCUCUUAGGAGGACUAGGGCUAACUUUGAUGAAACUAUCCAGUCUGAGAAGUUAUGUCUUGAUCAGGAAUGUUUUCCUGGGAAAGCAGUUCAACAGGAUUACCACAUGCCUGAUGUCAUAACUGUCAGAGUACAAACAGAUUCUGAUUCAUUCCAAGAUGUAGUUGUAAAAAUUGAAAGACCUACCUAUCGUAAACCAUUUCUGGGUGGAUUUAAGAACAGGAUAACAGGAGUGGAAUUUCAUAACGCAGGAUCACAAACGAUACCCAAAAAACGACCUGACAAAUCUGACAUGCAUUUUUUUCCCCAGACUGUUUUUGAAAAAAAUAAGCCACAACAAACAAAAAAUACAACAUCAACACAGAUGACUAAAAUUGGCCUGUAUGUGUCAAACAGGACUGACAAACUAGUAAGUCCUGGCAAGUAUCUUACAGCGGAAGAAUACCAUAAACGAAGACUUGAAGCAGUAAUAGUAUUACAGACAUAUUUCCGUCGUUGGCAUGCUAUAAAUGUAGUACAAAAUCUGAGGGAAGAAAAGAGGUUAAGGCUGGCAUGGGAGGCACAACAAGAGUUACAGAAAAAAAAAGAGAAAGAAGAAAAACUGAGAAGGGAGCACGAACGAAGACUGAACCCUAAAACAAAAGAAGACUUUGAGCUACUGUACCAUGCUUUAAAGUUAUGGAGGCAGGAGGAGACUGAACGGAUUAACAGAACUCUUACUGGAGCUGAAAGAAAAGCAGCAUUUUGUGGACUUCUGGAACAAGAGGCACAGAUGAUUGCUUCCAUUGGGAGACACAAACUAAAUGCAGAUGAGGAGAAUCAACAAAAAGCAAUACUGCACUUUUUGGAUAAGUGUGCACAACCUAAGAGAUGGAGAGCGUGUGAUGGAAAAAUCACUGAAAUGGAUACACAGUACACACUCCGUGCCAGAGAACUAUUUGAAAUCUACCGCAGCAUUAGCAUGAAUGACAUCCCGAAAGAUGAGAGAAUAGAUGUGCUGUUAACACUCAGACGUACAGUGAAGGAACAUGAAUGUAAAUUAACACAGGAAAUAGUGGAAUUAAUUGACAGGGAAGUUGAUCUUAUGUCAAGAGAGGUGAAAGAAUGCAACUUAGAAGGACUGAGGAAAAGAAUUUGUACAUUAUUUCUUCAGUAUAUUAAAACUCCCAAGUUUAACCCUGAGGUUGCUAGGAUACUUAAGGUUCCACCAGAUCCCUUAAAGCUUUAUAAAAAUGUUAACUUCUGUCAUAGUUGCGAAAAUUACUUGCCAUCCACCGAGUUUCCUGUUCCUGCUAAUUCCCACACCGUUGGCAGAUGUCGCUUGUGUUGCAAGCUUGAUAAUGAGGCUCGGCGACAAGAAGCAUUUUUGAAGUACAAACUUAUACUAGAAAAUCUCAGAAAGUCUGAAGCUGAUUAUCAGGAUGGUGCUAAAAUUGUUUUCUUAGUUCAGCAUCAAGAUCUGCAGUACAUGAUUGAGAAUAUAUGGGGCUGUCAGUCAGCUCUCAGUGCCUGCAGUAACCUCUAUGAUUUGGUUAUGGUCAGAUGGGAUAAGCAACAUGAGUGGUCUCCAUGGAACACUAUUCUCCUCACUAAAGAUGAGGCAGAUGCACAUCUUAGGCUGUGUAACCUUCAGGAGGCUUAUGAAGCGGCAUUUAUUCACAGAAUGAAACAUAAGCAUAUCCGGGCAAAAAGCUACUUUGCUCAGAUUCCAACAAUGGCAUCAUUUUUGCAUAGGAGUGACAAUCAGGCUAAUGCGAAUGAAUUUUUAAUAGCUACGCCUAUUGCUACUGGUACAAAACCAUAAGUCUUAGGUGAAGUUAACUGAAGUUAAAGAAGUUAACUGAAUUAUUGAUUAAUACAAUUUCCUUUGUUUUAAAGAAAUGUCCUUUUUCAUGAAUACCUUAAUUGUAUUACACAUAUCAAAAUAAACUUC